UGCAGAAGGACGCAGCAUGUCGAGCGGGCAGGUAACAGUUAACUUCUCCACAUGGGAAAAAUAUGUCGAACUAAACAGAGUUGGGGAAAAAAAGCUGGAUUUCCUGAGCAACAUUCAAACUGCAUUAACGGGAUUGCUUAUUGGAAGCAAGAGGAGAAAUUAAAACAUAUUUAAGAGCUGUGCGUAAAAAUAUUCCACAAGAUUCCUGUGAGGGGUUCAUAUCUUCGAAGGGAGGAUUGUGCUAAAGGGCGGCUUGAGGAGCUGCGUAUUCAUGCAAAUUUAUAAAAUCAUAGGCGUGCCUUUGGGCGAUGGAGUCACGGCCGGAAAAGCAAACCCCCUCCUGGAUCAUCAGCGACCUUCAAAGCUUGUGAUGCGCAGCGCUCGGACGCAUUGACAGUGGCACCGGGGCACAUGUUUUAAAAGCACAAGAGAAAGAGAAGAGAAAGUUAGGUCUCGUUUAUCUCCACGCUUCUUGACUGGCUGUACUUCUUCUUCAACACAACGACUGCUGCGCCACUGGAUCUCCAACCACGGGCUUAUUGCACAAACUGUUACGCACUGCUGCAACUGUCACUAUUUGCCUUGGGUCUUUAAUAUUUUCUUAUUCUUAUAUGUUUACAGUCAAAUCGGACGACUUCAGAUAAUAAGAAUCCUGAUGCAGAUGAAGUUACAGUCACACUACUUUAUAGAAUUUGUGCGUAAAGACGCACUGGUUUGUUCUCAUCUUAUUUAAAAAAAAAAAAUCUUUUUGAGAACUUUUCACGCUUCACCAUGUCAGAGGACGACAGUAGCUCCACCGCCAGCUGUAUGUCUGACACCGAAGGCAGCAACGUCAGCGUCCUCAACUGGGAGCAAGUGCAGCGGCUGGACGCCAUCCUGACGGAGACCAUCCCGAUCCACGGUCGGGGGAACUUCCCCACUCUGGAGAUGCAGCCGCGGCAGAUUGUGAAAGUGGUGCGCAGUCGGAUGGAGGAAAAAAAUAUCCACGUCCGGGACGUUCGGUUAAACGGCUCUGCAGCCAGCCACAUUCUGCACGGGGAUAGCGGACUGGGCUAUAAGGACCUUGAUCUUAUAUUUUGCGCAGAUAUGAAAGGUGAAAGUGAUUUCCAGACUGUGAAGGACAUAGUUUUGGAAUGUCUCCUCGACUUUUUACCCGACUGUGUGAAUAAAGAGAAAAUAAGCCCAUUAACGUUAAAGGAGGCCUAUGUGCAGAAGAUGGUGAAGGUGUGUAAUGACUCAGACCGCUGGAGUCUUAUCUCCCUCUCCAACAACCGGGGAAAGAAUGUGGAGCUGAAGUUCGUGGACUCUCUCCGGAGGCAGUUUGAGUUCAGCGUGGACUCCUUCCAGAUCAAACUGGACUCCCUGCUGCUGUUCUACGAGUGCUCAGAGAACCCGAUGGCCGAGACCUUCCACCCCACCAUCAUGGGCGAGAGUGUGUACGGGGACUUCAGCGAGGCCCUGGACCACCUGCGUCACAAGUUAAUCUGCACCCGGAACCCAGAGGAGAUCCGAGGCGGGGGUCUGCUGAAGUACUGUCACCUGCUGGUGAGGGGUUUCAGGGCCGCUUCCGAGACAGAGAUGAAGUCCAUGCAGCGCUACAUGUGCUCGCGUUUCUUCAUCGACUUCUCUGACAUCCUUGAGCAGCAGCGCAAGCUGGAGUCCUACCUUCAAAACCACUUCGUGGGCCUAGAGGACCGCAAGUACGACUACCUGAUGACCCUCCACGGGGUCGUCAACGAGAGCACAGUGUGCCUGAUGGGACACGAGAGGCGGCAGACCUUAGGGCUCAUAGCCAUGCUGGCGGUGCGCGUUCUGGCCGAGCAGAACGUCAUCCCCAACGUGGCCAAUGUUACAUGUUACUACCAACCUGCUCCUUAUGUGGCAGAUGGCAACUUCAGUAACUACUACAUAGCGCAGGUUCAGCCAAUGUUUGCUUGCCAGCAGCCUGCAUACUCCACCUGGCUGCCCUGUAACUGAGUCAGCCCCGAGGAAAGGUGGAGGGAGAGAUUUGUUUAAACAGGAGUGGGCAGCCUGCCCAGUGUUUGACAGCCGACAGAAAAAUGAGGCUUCUUUUUAAUGUUUUGCAUCAAAGCUUGUGUUUUUCUUGUUCAUACGUCGAGUAUGAACUGUUGGCUUUCACUUCUAUUUCAAUGUGAAUAUCUCACAUUCCUUGAAAUGCCAACGUCAAACUUAUUGGGACUAAUUUGGGUGGAAAUAAAGGCUAAAUGUGCGGAGGCCUUGAACGCAAGCAGCAGAACUGUCUUCGAAACUGAUUGAAUCUGUUGAAAACUGAUUAGCCAGCACGUUCCAACAGCAGUCCAAAAACGGCUGCAUCAGUGCCCUGAAGUUGACAGUUUCUCCACACACACACACACACACACACACACACACACACACACACACACACACACACACACACACACACACCACACACACACACACACACACACACACACACACACACACACUCAAGGUGAAAUCAGAAGUGUGUUGGGGGCUCCAAAACGAGCACCGUUAAACUGAGGUGAGAUGCUUGUUAAACUAGUUUUGAUAACAAACUGGCAUCUCUGCCUUGCAUUUGGAUAUAUAUAUAAUUAUGGUUGUUUACAGACCAAAAAUAUUUUUUUGAUUGUUUCUAUCAUUAAAACCCUAUUUUGAUGGGGAUAAAAUAAACAAAAUAUGAAGCUAUGUCUAUUUGUAUAUGUGAACAUAAUGUGUGUUUUAAGUGCCUAUAAAAGAAUGAGCAGGCCAUAUGAUUUUUGUGAAUUAGUCCCACUCUGUUUAUAGUCACGCACACAAGACAAUAGCACCCCAGAGGCUUGUGAAUGUAUAUGUGAAAUCAUGUCAAGUCAGUGUUUGGACGAAACCAUGCCUUAGUGGGGAUUUUGCAGUAACGUAGCAGUCAAAUGUGCGAUUGACAGAUCUUUACAAGAUUCACAUUUUUCAUUUGUGUGUUUGGAAACUCAAAACCAAACAUGCUGUAUUGCAUGUCCCAAAUGAAUACAAGUAUUACAUAUGUGAAGAGUUCAUUUGCAAAAACAGAUCAAAGCAAUUCAUCAAAAUGAAUAAACCAACACUAGGUUAAUUGAUAUUCCCUUGAGUGCACAAGAAUAAUCAAAACAAUGAUUUAGGUAAAAUUAAUAAAAAGACAAUAUCAGUGUUUGCAAAUGACCCUUUAUUGUUAUGAGAAAGGAUUGCAUCUCCAAUCAUCAGCAGCAAAGAAAACGUUCACUCACACACAAUUUCCUGUAUACUUUGUACAGCAGUGCUUCUCUUUUACUCCUCUGAGAAAGAAAAAGUUCACAAGAAGUAGAUAAGAGACAGAGGGAGAGGGAAGGAGUGCAUCCAGAGAGCUGCUGCCUGUUCCCUAUGCUUCCUCCUACAGUAGAAGGAUAUUUGCAGAGAUAGAUGAGACACUAUUUGCUGUAGCACCCUGGCAGGGAAUUCCUCAGCUGCUGCUGAAGAGCUUGAACUAAGCUUGGGGUUGGGACUGCAGACGCUCUGUUCAAGGUUCAGAAAAAUGUUGUGCCAAACAUUUUAACUGCUCCACUGAAAGCUCUGAAGUUUAAUGGGGCAAUAUGUCGACGUAGGACAAGAUAUAGAAGACGGGGAAAUAAGACAGUAGAGUGGGGAAAAAGAGAGGAAAAGGGAAAUGUUGUGGUUAAAAGGCAGGAGGGAGAGUGAGUCAGUCGGAGAGAUAGGAGCAGCUGGUGAUGGGGUUUAUCUCUGGGGCUGCCAUGCUUUACUGUAAAAACUGUCUCUGUUAAGGUCAGACUAAAACAUAAUAGUCAGUGCGGCCAAAACAUUCUGUUAUCAGCAUUUUCUCUCUGUUUUAAUCAUGUGAUUGUUUAAAAAAAAAAAAAAAAAAGUGGAAACUGAAGAAAAUCGCAUGCAUUCACGCCUGCUUCAAGAUACUCUUAAGUUGCAAGCUAUGUUUCAUUUGUAAGGUUGCUUUAAGGAUUCUUAUUAAUGUUUUUUUAUGCUUCAUUACACACCAUCUUUUAAAGAACUGUACAUAUAUGAUUACAUGCUUCAGCUUUGCCAACUCACUUACUUCUAGCAAGCUAUACUAUGCUUUCAGGAUGGCAGAUUUAAUAAACAAGUAAUUACAAGCAUAGAAAGUUCACUUAGGUCCAGAAGACCAGCAUCAACUCAAUACUGCAUUGAAAAGAGAAACGAUCUCGCUGAAAAAUGUUUCUCAUCCUCUGACUCGCCUGGUUCUGUUAAUCGAUAACUGCUCUGUCCAUCUUCUCAGUGACUGUCCAUGUCGAUGACAUCCUUUGGAUUGUGCAGGCAAUGUAUUGUCAUUUUAUACUCAGUGAAGUCCUAACAGCUGACUAGCUAGCUAGCUCCUGUCAGUUAGUGAUCAUGUCUGUCAGUUAGAGAUUGUGGGUUACUGCAUUGUCUUGUAUGCGUCUUCUCAAAUAUAUGUUUCUGUUUAUGUAAUCUUUUACAAAUUACAUGUUGAAAAAAGACAGAAAAAAGAUCCUUGUCUUGUAUGUAUAUUUUUUAAUGAUUGUUAUUUUUAUAAAUGUUUGAGACACUGCGGGUUUCGCAGUGCUUUUGAAUCUGUGAUUAGGCUUCAAAGGAUAUGUUCUCAAUAGCUUUUUUGCUAUAUUAUGUUAUGUGUCCAAUGGGUCAAAAGGUUAAUUAAAGAUGUUUUCAUCAAUAAAAUAUCUGAAAUCCA